GCUGAUAAACGCGCCCCGUUUGUCAACAUACCAUCAUUUUCGUUCUCUCUUUCUUUUUUCUUCGUCCCUGCGGUGCUGCUGCUGCUGCUGCUUGCUCGAAGUACCAGCUGCCGAUGCCACUGCGCACAUUCCCCCACACGCUUCAAACUCUGGCUUGAUCUCUCCCUUCCCGGCUUCAAGCUAUUUUCCUUUCGAGCUGAUAUAUCAUAUAUCUAUCCAUCGCCUUGUGCUCUCCUCCGAGAGCUUUCCAAUCCUCCUCGGACUCUCUCUAAAUCUCUCCACCUGUGCUUGAGUGACUCACUCGGAUGUUUCUAACUUGGUCGGAGCGUGUGAACGAAGAUCUAUCCGGAUAACUUUAGCUGCAAGCCUUGUUUGACCGGACGUGUUCUCUGGUGAAUUUGCACUCUGGAGCUUUGGCAGCAGCAGCACCCCAGUAGUAGUAGCAGCAUCAAGGUUCCAUUUUCUAUCCCACCUCUCUCUUUCUUUUCUAUAGCAGUCUUUCACGAAGCUCGAGCAAAGCGUGUUCCUGAAUGCGUGCCCGCCGCUGUAAAAGAAUUCCCCGGGUUCUCACUGUAGACUGGACACGCUUCCUGUUUCCUUCCCGUUGUUUCUUCGCUCUCUUGGUUUUCAUUGUCACUGAGGCGCCUGCUUGAUCUCCUCUCACUCCACUUCGCAAAUUCCAGUGCCUUUUCCAGGAUCCAGCACCAGUGUUGACUAAGUCUUGCAGUCUCGAUCAUGCUCGUGGCUUCUAGAGCCGAGCGCUCGUGUGCAGUGUAAGAGAGUCUCGCUUAUCUGUAGCUCAGGAGGAAGCUUUCGGCUAUCGACGUCCGUGCAGCAUCAGGUCUCUCCUCUUGGUCGGUUCUCGCGCUGUUUGGAACAAGUCGGGCCGCUCGAGAGCGAGAAAUUGUGCGAUCGAAGAGUACACAUGAAAGCUUCGCAGGCGUUCGUCUAAAUGUCCAGUCUGAUGCUCUCCGAGUCGACGCAGCAGCACUUGUCCUCGGCCUGGAAUCCCGUCGGUAGUAGCAUGCUAUGCAAGCCAGAGACAUUCUCCGCGAGCUUUCACGACCCCUUUGAUCAGUCUUCCUUCUUCUCUUCGUCAUCGUCUUCCCUCGAACAACAGCAGCAGCAGCAGCAACAGCACGACGUUUUGCUUCCAUCGCCUCGUCUCAUCAGGUAUGCUCAUCAUCUGUGGAGCAAUUCGGGAUCGCCCAAGGCGCUGGAGCUGAAGAAUCCCGAGAUUUUGCGAAAGACCUCGUCGCCAUCGUCCUCCACUUCGCAGAUCACUAACGAGGCCAUGGAGGGCCGCAUCCCCAAGCAAGAACUCUCGGAGAGCGAGCUCGACGCGAUCCUUCGAACGCUCUCCCACCAGCAGCAACAAAGUCACGCUUCCACUGUUGCUUCUUCCGGAAUUCCAUUCCACGAGUUGGCCGAUCCCGACCACCACCACCACCACCACAGUCAACAAGCUCCUCCCUCCUCGUCUGGAUUGCAAACUCAAACCGCUGCCACGGCUGGAUCUCUCUGGAACUUCCCCGAGCAGGAUCCAUUCAGCUCGUCACCGCCGGAUCACCACCCAUUCGCCUUCCACGCCGCGACCAACAGCGAUCACAAAGACUCCAGCCAGUUCUCGUGGAGCUUCUCGGAUCAACAGCAAGCGCCGCGCGAUCGCCAGCAGCAGCAGCAGCAGCAACAAUGGUUCUCGCAGCUCCAAUCUUUUGGAAAUCCUGCCGAUGAUCCAGCUCCACCUCUCUACUUCCAGACACAGCCACAGCAGCAGCACAUGCCCGGUCAAGGCAUCCUCGGCGCGCCACCGUUAUUCAUCCCGGAUCACCUGGAAUUCGAGGAGAAGCCCAUCCUCGGCGGCGGCGCGGCUGCCACAGGCCUACCUGGAACACCGAAUUCUUCCACAUCCUCGUCGCUCAGUGACGGGCCCGACGAUCAAGACGCCAGAACUGCCGCCGCUGCCGCCGCUCCUGCGAGCCCGUCAUUGGGAUCCGGAGCGCCAAAUGUCGCUGUUGGGAGCUCCAAGCGCAAGAUGCCGCACAAUGGAUCCGGCGAUGGCGGUGAUCCAGACGCGAAACCCUCGCCCGGUGGUGGAGACAAGAAGACCAGCGCCAAGCCGCGCAAGAAAGGCCAGAAGAGGAUCCGCGAGCCGCGCUAUGCGAUCCAGACGCGCAGCGAGGUGGAUAUCAUGGACGAUGGCUACCGGUGGAGGAAGUAUGGGCAGAAGGCCGUCAAGAACAGCCCUCAUCCCAGGAGCUACUAUCGGUGUACCAACACGAAGUGCCCCGUGAAGAAGCGCGUGGAGCGUUCUUCCGAGGAUCAAGGACUGGUGAUCACAACUUAUGAAGGGAUCCACAACCAUCAUAGCCCUGCCGUGCUGCGCAGCUCCGCCGAAGCUGCUCAGUAUGCAGAGCGAUCGUUUGCUGGUUACUCGCUCUACUCGGCUGGAUUGCUCCAUCACCACCUCAACUUUGCGGCUCCGCCGCCACCACUGCCGCCGCAUAACUUCUCCACCGCCUCCUCCGCCAGGACCAACUUCGAUCUCACAAUGCAGCUCACGAGAAAUUCCAGCCAGCAGCAGCAGAUGUAUCGACCGGAUCAACUGGAGCACCAUCACCACCUCCAGCUCCAACACGCUCAAGAACAGCACGAAAACGUUGGGAGUGGCAGGGUGGCGGACGAGGGCCUCCUCGAGGACAUGGUUCCAACGAGCUCACGAACGAGGAACUUAUGAUAUAUUCGAUUCGAUCGAGAUCAUCGUGGGACCAAGUUCAAUCGGAGCCGAGAGCUCUAUCGAUCUGAUCAUCAAAUCACUGACACAAAAGCUGAUCAAUGCGGAAAACAUCACCGAAUAACUUUUGGGAGGAUCGUUUUCGCUCGAUGCUGACUCGAAACGAUUUUGCAGACCUCAUGUGCAUUACAAUGAAAAUGGAUCGACCCUAUCUCAGUGUACGGGAGUUUACGUGUGCAUGGAUAGGUGUGUUCUCACAACCUCCAGUAGAAGUUCAUACACCCAAUCCAUGAUGAUUCCCGGAUGUACGAAGAUUAUUCCCGGCUAGAGAUUCCCCGCUCCACUAGCCCAACAUGCAUGCAUGUGGUACGGCCGCGGCUAUCCAGGAAACAUCGAAUAAACAAAAGAAAGG